UGGAGCCGUAGCUGAUGGAGUCAUCCGUGAUGUCCUGUGUUAUGUAGCUCUCCACUGGUGUUAUUAGGUCGAGUAACCACUUCAUUUUAACAUUUAACACACUCUUGUGACAGUUCACAACAUGGGGGUUUUGUGCUUCGCCAGGAGAGCGUUCACGUCCGGCAGCUGUCUCGGUGUUUACGCCGGUAAAUACACCGGUCGAUUUUUGUGCGUAACGUUUUUCUCCGGUGUUUCAGCUCCGGUAGGGACCCGUGUCAAGAAGUACAGUCAGGACACUAGAAAUGUCCCGGGACAGUUUGUGUGCUAUCAUCUUCCUCACAGGACCAUGCUCAAAAUCCAGGGCCAAGACACAAGCCCGUUUCUUCAGGGGAUUAUAACCAACGACAUGGAGCUGCUGGAGGAGCCUGGACUCAGAGCCAUGUACUCACACAUGCUAAAUGUACAAGGAAGAACACUAUAUGACAUCAUGUUGUACAGUCUGAAAGAAGCUGAUGCCGGGCAUGGUGUUUUCCUGGAGUGUGACAGCACAAUUAAGGACUCAAUCUUGAGACACUUGAAGGUGUACAAGCUUCGCAGAAAGGUCAACAUUAACCCCUGUCCAGAGCUCUCUGUAUGGGCGGUGCUCCCCCAGCAAAAAAACCCAGGUCAACAGGCCAGUAAACCUGAGCUUUCCUCCCCUGGAAAAGCUCUGGUGUGGGAGGAUGAUCCACGAACUCAGGAAAUGGGCUUCAGAUUGGUGUUAGACAGUCAAAUUAACCCCUGGGAUAUCAUUGCAUCAUGUCAGAAAGGUGACACAGAGGAGUAUCACAGACAUCGCUAUGCAAUAGGACUUCCUGAGGGAGUGAAGGACCUUCCUCCUGGAGUGGCACUACCACUAGAGUCAAAUCUCGUCUACAUGCAGGGCAUCAGCUUUAGCAAAGGCUGUUACAUUGGCCAGGAGCUCACAGCCAGAACUCAUCACACUGGGGUGGUUCGGAAACGCCUGAUGCCAGUACGCUUAUCAUCUCCAGUCCAAGACCUCGAGGAAGGAGCGGCGCUGCAAACGCAGUCAGGCAAGCCAGCUGGGAAGCACCGAGCAGGGGUGGGAGAGCUGGGUCUGAGCCUAAUCCGCAUGGCUCAUGCCAAAGAGGUGUUGACUUUCAAAUCUUCUGAUGACACCACAGUGACACUUGAGGCCUCUUUGCCAGACUGGUGGCCUAAAGAUGUGAAAACAAACUGAAGAGAAUGUUUAAUAGCUCCCAAAAAUGUGACAUACAUCACAUUUGACAGACGUCUCAUAGACAAAACCCUCAAGUACAGUAUGUUACACUGUCAUUGCUUAGCAGCUGUGUGUCACUAACUCACAUUUGUAAUUUUUUUGCAUUAAAACUUAAUUUUAGAGUGAUUUUUCCCAAAUUGUGAAGUAUAAUUUUCCACAGAUUUAUGCUAUUUAACAGAUAUCGCAGCACUAUAAAUCAGGAUAUACCAACUGUGAUAUGGUAUUCGUGGUUAUUGAAUAAAUGUGCAAAAAAUCGCUAAAUAAAAACUCAAUCAACUUG